AUGGUCGCCCGGCACUUGAAGACGGCCGCCUCAGAGGCCAACACCACUAUUGACAAGAAAGUUUCAGAUAUUGUGCAGGGCGUGAUAGCAGACAUCAAGGCGAACGGCGAUCAGGCAGUCCGAUCUUACUCGGAAAAGUUUGACAAAUGGAGUCCCGAGGCAUUCAAGCUGUCGCAGGCCCAGAUCGACGAUAUCAUCAGCAAGGUGCCAGCUCAAACCAUUGCCGACAUCAAAGAAGCACAAAAGAAUGUCCGCACAUUUGCUGAAGCUCAAAGGGCAAGCAUAACGGAUUUUGAAAUCGAGAUUCAGCCGGGUGUCUUCCUGGGGCACCGCUCCAAUCCCAUCAAUGUCGCUGGCGCAUACAUACCAGGUGGAAGAUAUCCUCUCCUGGCCUCAGCACACAUGACCAUUCUCACUGCCAAGGUGGCUGGUGUCAAGCAUGUAAUUGCAUGCACUCCGCCCAUCGCCGGCCAGAUUCCACACGCCACUGUCGCAGCUGCCCACUUUGCCGGUGCCGACGAGAUCUUCCUCCUCGGUGGCACUCAAGCCAUUGCCGCCAUGGCUCUAGGCACAGAAACGAUACGCAAAGUCGACUUCAUUGCAGGCCCGGGAAACGCCUUUGUGGCCGAGGCCAAGCGGCAGUUGUUCGGAGAGAUUGGUAUCGACCUGCUCGCUGGCCCGACCGAGGUCUUGAUCGUGGCAGAUGACCAUGCCGACCCUUUCACCAUUGCCACGGACCUUUUGUCUCAGGCCGAGCACGGCCCAGACUCGCCGGCGGUGCUCAUUACCACCAGCGAGUCCGUUGGCCGAGAAUCGAUACGCUACGUCGACGAGAUCCUAAAAAAGAUGCCAACUGCAGAGCUGGCCGGCACCUCGUGGCGAGAGUUUGGUGAAGUCAUUGUUGUCGAUUCUCUGGAUGAGGCCUACGAACUGGCAGAUGUCUAUUCGAGCGAGCAUGUCCAGAUUUUUACUCAGCAGCCCAGAGAAGCCCUGGAAAAGAUGCGAAACUAUGGUGCGCUCUUCCUGGGCGAGAAGACGUGCGUGAGCUAUGGCGACAAGUGUAUCGGAACGAAUCACGUCCUCCCUACACGAGGAGCAGGACGUUACACUGGUGGACUAUGGGUAGGGAAAUACCUCAAGACGCAGACAUACCAAGAAGUUGUGGAUCCGAAAGCUUCUGGAGAAAUUGGCAGGUUGUGUGGCAGGUGUGCCAGAGCAGAGAAUUUUGAGGGCCACGCCAGGUCGGGAGAUCUCCGCGCCCACAAGUAUCUCAGUGAUGCACAUGACUGGAUCACUGAAGCGAAAGUCUGA